UAAUGUUACCAUUUCCGAGUUCGCUAAGGCCGCCUGCGGCGGCGCAGGCGUUGGUGUUCGGUAGUGUCCGGUCUAUGGAGCCAGUUGGUUUCGGCGGCGGAGCGGAGGUAGCAAGCGGUGUUCGAGUGGGGGCCUUUGCCCCUCCAGGAUGUUAUCGGGCUUGGCCGCCGCCGCCGCGGCCCACAGAUGUAGCUGGUCUUCCCUGUGCCGGCUCCGUCUGCGCUGCAGGGCGGCAGCCUGCGGCUCCAGCGACCUCCAGGAAUGGCAGAAUUUAGUGACAUUUGGGAGCUUUUCAAAUAUUGUUCCCUGUUGCCCACUGAAUCAAGUAAAGUCGUAUUCCACAAAUGUUCAGAAAGAAGGACGGGGAUCACAAACUCACAAAAUGGAAAAAAUACCAUCAUUUGAUGAAGCAGCGGAGAAUAUUGGUGCAGAACUGAAAGCUCCACUUAUUAAGCAAGAACCUCUCCAAGUAAGAGUCAAAGCAGUCCUUAAAAAGAGGGAAUAUGGACCAAAGUACACUCAGAAUAAUUUCAUCACUGGAGUCAGAGCAAUGAAUGAGUUCUGCCUCAAAUCCAGUGAUCUAGAACAACUUCGAAAAAUCAGACGACGAAGUCCUCAUGAAGAUACCGAGUCCUUUACUGUAUACUUGAGAUCAGAUGUGGAGGCAAAAUCUUUGGAAGUUUGGGGAAGCCCUGAAGCUCUUGCCAGAGAGAAAAAACUUCGUAAGGAAGCAGAAAUAGAAUAUAGAGAAAGGCUAUUUAGAAACCAAAAAGUAUUGAGAGAAUAUAGAGAGUUUCUGGGAAAUACCAAGCCACGCUCUAGAACGACAUCAGUUUUUUUUAAGGGGCCAGGAAAGGUGGUGAUGGUUGCCAUUUGCAUCAAUGGAUUAAACUGUUUCUUCAAAUUUCUUGCCUGGAUUUAUACGGGUUCAGCAAGUAUGUUCUCAGAAGCUAUACACUCUUUAUCUGAUACUUGUAAUCAGGCCUUACUAGCAUUGGGCAUCAGUAAGUCUGUUCAAACACCAGAUCCUACUCAUCCGUAUGGAUUUUCAAAUAUGCGCUAUAUUGCUUCACUAAUUAGUGGUGUUGGUAUUUUCAUGAUGGGUGCAGGAUUAUCUUGGUACCAUGGAGUCAUGGGAUUGCUUAAUCCUCAACCAAUAGAAUCUCUUCUAUGGGCAUAUUGUAUUUUAGCAGGAUCAUUAGUAUCUGAAGGAGCAACACUUCUUGUUGCUGUAAAUGAGCUUCGUAGGAGUGCUCGGGCCAAAGGAAUGUCACUUUACAAGUAUGUAAUGGAAAGUCGUGAUCCUAGUACAAAUGUUAUAUUAUUGGAGGAUACUGCAGCAGUGUUGGGAGUGACAAUAGCAGCCACUUGUAUGGGCCUUACUUCUAUAACAGGCAAUCCACUGUAUGACAGCCUAGGUUCUUUGGGUGUGGGCACCUUAUUAGGUGUGGUCUCAGCAUUCCUCAUCUACACUAACACAGAAGCACUCUUAGGGCGAUCCAUCCAGCCAGAACAAGUACAACGGCUUACUGAACUCCUGGAGAACGACCCAUCAGUAAGGGCAAUUCAUGACGUUAAAGCCACAGAUCUAGGAUUAGGGAAAGUAAGAUUUAAGGCAGAAGUAGAUUUCGAUGGACGAGUUGUUACGAGAUCAUAUUUGGAAAAACAAGAUUUUGACCAAAUGCUACAAGAAAUUCAAGAAGUGAAGACUCCUGAAGAACUAGAGACCUUUAUGCUUAAACAUGGAGAAAAUAUUAUUGAUACUUUAGGAGCUGAAGUAGAUAGGCUUGAGAAGGAACUGAAAAAACGAAAUCCUGAAGUUCGACAUGUAGAUCUGGAGAUAUUAUAGACUUGAUGGAAUGAAUCACCUUGGAGGGAGUCUUGGAAACAAGUUUGCCAAGACUGCUUUCCCACACUGAAGGAGUCAAUGCCAUUCAGAAGCCGUUUUUUUUUUAAGAUGGAGGAAAUAUUUAUGUAAAGAGCAAUUCAACAGUCCACAGAACUAAAACAACUUCUUCUAAGAGACAUAUUACAAGUUGAAUCAAUUUGGAAAUCGUGUUUUUAUGUUUCAGCAGGAAACAUUUUGGUUACUUAAAUUGUUCAUAAUUUCUCAUUUUAGCCUGUCAGUGUGUAUUGUACCUUAUAAUCAUGUUUCCUUUCUUCACAUUGGUAAAAAAUAAGCAGCAUCUGUAAGAUUAUGAUUUUUAAUUUUAUUGCCAGUGAAGAUUUCACUCCAUCAAAACCUGUCAAUCUUGAACAUUCUGGCUAAAUCUUGGUUUGCGGUUUUUAAAACAGUCACUCCAUUUAAAAGUCUGUCUUUCCUUAUAGAAUGUAGACAUUAUUUUAACGUACCUUGUUUUUUUGCCCUGAGCACGAAGAGGAACACUUUCCUAACCUAGUUAUCCAUAAACGUUCAUUCCAGAAAGGGCUUUGUUACUGAAUGGAAGGAAGAGAUUCCAGUACACUCUUUUUAGGUCAUGCUACUUGCCAUUUUGUAAAAUUUCUUUUCUCUUCUUUGCUUUUUUUUCCUUAUUUAGUUUAAGUUUCCUAGUGAUAGGCAAUAUAAAAUAGCCCUAGAUAUUUCCAUGGGCCAGUGUGAUGACUGGUUUUUUGUUUUUGUUUUUUAACUGGCUUCAGUCCCAUGUUUUUACUAGGAGAUAAUGCAUUUAUAAGCAUUUUAACAUGUAAAGUGGACUAGAAAUAUUUAUAAUUUCACAGACAAGACAGCAUUUUAUUUUUAAUUUAUUUUAAAAGAGGCACUACUUGUGUAAAUCUGAACUGUGGGAUAGUUCUUGCUUUGAGAGAGAGAGAAGUAAACCUCUUAUGCGGAAACUUGUGGCCAUGACUUUUGUAUAAUAUCAUAAGACAGUAGUGUGUCUGUAACAUGAGUUUCUUGCAGUUACAGAUGGGCAUUUAGCAUAAUGUAUGAUUAUAAUAUUAUGUGAUAAGUAGCUUUCUAAUGAUUAUAAGGUAUCAAGAUGAAAAAACAUGCAAUUCAGUAAUGGAAACUUUAGUGCAAAACUACAGCUGUGUCUCCAUUCAUCAAAAGAAUUCAUAUGCACUUUAAAUUGUUCAGGUACCAGUGAGCACUGUCCAUGCAAGAGUGGUAGCUGGGUGAAUAAUCUGCUGGAUAAGUGAGUGCUUAAGGACCUAGGUCAGUGUCUAAAAACUUACUUAGAUUGAAGUUUAUGAGUUAUAGCAAGUUAUAAUGCUGGAAACAAAAAAUAAACAUUUGAUUAAAGGGUUUGUAAUAGUAAUUUUUUGAUUCAGAAUUGUUAUUUACUGGGAAAUUGUGAAAAUUUACAUUGGUGUACACUUUUUACCACUACAAAACAUUUUGUGUGCUGUACAUUUUAAGUGAAAUAACAUUCCAGUUUUAUUUUUUAAGAUAUGAAAUUGUUUUA